UCACACAAAGUCCUUGUGUCAGACUCUGGAUGAGACCUCAGUGGUAAGAGGGGAAAUCAGAGCAUACCUGGCAGUGCUUCUUAAAGUGCCCCAAUGGUUAUACCUAGGGCAGAGCUGCUUCUCGGCUUUCCGGAAUGGAUUAUCCUCGCUGUAACGGUCUGCAUUCUUCUCUAUCUGUAUGCUUCCCGGAGUCGCAACUGGUGGAAAAACCAAAGAAUUCUUUCCGAGCCAUUCGCCUUGCUAUUUGGUCCGAGUUUGAAGGUUCUUUUCAAACCUUUUCAUGAGAUCGAUGCCGAAAGGUACAAGAAAUACGGAAGGUUUUUCGGUGGCUUUGAGACUGGAAGAGCCGUUCUGUUCGUCGCCGAACCUGAGCUGGUGAAGCAAGUUUUGGUGAAGGAUUUCCCACACCUCUCAAACCGAAGAACGUUCGUAUUUUUCGACCCUCUGCUGGACAACAUGAUGAGCGUUGUGGCUGUGGACCAGUGGCGCAGGAUUCGACCAGCUGCGAGUCCGGCAUUUUCCACCGGAAAGCUGCGGAAGAUGAAUUCCUUGAUCGAGGACUGCGCCAUUGUGACAGCGGAACACCUGAAAAAGGCGGCAAUGAACGAAGAGGAUAUUGACAUCAAACAGUUCUUUGGGAACUAUGCGCUGGACGUGAUUGCACGCUGUGCCUUUGGCACACGCCUCGACUCUCACUCCGAUCAGACAAACGAGUUCGUCACCAAGGUCAGGGAGUCCUUCUCCGGAGUAGUCACACCACGCCUGUUCGUGUUCUUUGUGUUGCCAGCAAUUGCGAGAAUAUUCAAAAUACGACCUUUCAAGCGUGACACGUUUCUCUACUUCAAAGAACUCGGACAGAACAUUAUCAGAAAGCGACGAGAGCAAGAAACUCGUUGCGAAGACUUCCUGCAGUUGAUGGUGGACGCUCAGGAAGGAAAGCUCUCAGCUGCAAUCGAAAAUGGCUCCGAACGCGACAACAAACUUUUCAACCUCGGGUCGGAGUUGAAAGUAGAUGCCUCGUUCUCAUCAGAAAAGGCGCUCACUGAAGACGAAGUCAUGGCGCAGUGCGUACUUUUCUUCGUGGUCGGUCAAGACACGAAUUCAACUACGAUCGCGUACACGCUCUACCUGCUGGCUAUUCAUCCUGAAAAGCAGGAAAAGCUGAGGGAUGAAGUGGACGAGUGCUUCAGGAUUCAUGGAGAUCACCCCAGCUUGGACGUUGUCAUGAAGUUGCAGUAUCUGCAUUGUGUUGUCUCAGAGGCCCUUCGCAUGUACCCUCCCGCGACACGACUCGAGCGAACACCUCCCGAAGACUACGUUCUGGGUGAUACUGGUGUGACGGUGAGGAAAGGCGAUUUGAUUCGAGUUCCCGUCUACUCCAUGCACUACGAUCCGCAGUACUUCCCUGACCCAUUCACUUUCAAGCCUGAAAGGUUCAACGAGGAGAACGUCGGCUCCAUCCAGCCGUACACGUACCUUCCAUUCGGUGCUGGACCACGCAACUGCAUCGCCAUGCGGUUCUCCCUGCAGACCGUCAAACUGUGCGUGAUGCACACCAUACGCAGCGUCAGGCUGGUUCGUACUGAAAAGACCAAGGUUCCCCUGGAAUUCCAGAACGGGUUUAGGCUGCUCACCGCAAAGGACAUCACCCUGGGAAUCCGGAAAAGGACGUAACAAGAGGCCAUCGAGUCUUAGUUGUCAAAAAGAUGUCAGUUAAGCCGCAAGAAUAUAAAGGAGCAGCUAUCCGAGUGGCUACAUCGGCAAGAAUGCACCUAUAUGAAAGUAGUCGGCUUUCCUUAAAUACAAAUAAAACUAAAUUUAUUAUGUUUAAGUCCCCGUUUAAGGAAAAGCCUUUGAGCAACCAUUCCCCAUUAAGAUUGACUGUGAUGAAAUAAAGAAAAAGUCGAAUCAGUGCUCUACAUUUAAGGGUAACCCUCGAUUCCGCUGUGAACUGGAAGCCUCAUAUCGACAGGCUGUGUGGUAAGCUCUCUUCCGCAUGCUUCGCACUGACAAAGGUGCGGAGUAAUUUCAGUUUCGAAACGUUGAGAACCUUGUAUUUUUGUCUCCUUAAUUCUCUCUUAGCCUAUUGUAUUGAAGCCUGGAGAAAUUGACGCUAUAUUCAUAGAUUUUUCCAAAGCUUUCGAUACCGUACUUCACUCAAAACUACUGUCCAAACUAUAUGCCAUUCUUAACAGCCCUCAAUUAGUGAACUGGAUAGAAAGUUUGUUGUCUCACCGCACUCAAUUCGUAAGCUUUAACUCCAUCAAUUCUUCGGUGGUAGAUGUGUCAUCAGGCGUCCCUCAAGGCUCGGUCCUCGGACCUCUACUUUUCUUACUAUAUAUUAAUGAUUUGCCACACGAGAUAUCAUCUAAAAUUCGAAUGUAUGCAGAUGACUGCGUAUUGUAUGACAUCAUUUCAUCUCCCUCUGAGCAUGUUCGCCUUAGUGAAUCAUUCGUCAGAUUUUCUAAAUGGUGUGAAACAUGGCAAAUGAAUAUUAACUUCCGUAAGACUGUCGUUAUGUCCUUCUCUAAUAAAGCUAACCCGUUCCUUUUCAGCUACGGAUUGAAUGAUAAUUUAUUUCAACGCGUUUCUGAAUACAAAUAUCUUGGUCUCACGUUCACCACUAACCUGUCCUGGUCAAAGCACAUUGAUUCCAUUACGACUAAAGCUCUACAAAAACUCGGUUAUUUACGUCGUACUCUGUCUAAUUCUCCGCGCGACACUAAAUUACUGUUAUAUAAUACUACUGUUCGCCCUAUACUUGAGUAUGGUAGUAUCGUUUAGAAUCCCUACAAGCAGUACGAAAUAGACAGAGUUGAGGCCAUACAAAGGAAAGCCAUUAGAUUUGUCUACCGACGUUAUGACCACCAGUUCUCACCAUCGUCAGUCAUGUCUUCACUCAACCUGACAUCUCUCGCCGAACAGCGACACGUUAAUUCUUUAAAAUUAUUUCAUGGCAUUAUUCACUCAUCUUGUCGCCUCUCCAGUAAUGAAUACAUCACCUUUGCAAAAAUCUCUUCUAGUAGGAGACAUCACGCGCUUAACAUUACACCAUUUUUUGCACGCACUAAUACUUUUAAGUCUAGCUUUUUCCCUAAAACAAUUGAAGCAUGGAAUUCACUACCAGGAACCAACCGUUCUCUCCCAUUAAAUGAAUUCUUGUCUGUACUCCCUCAAUACUGCGCCUAAACUUUCUUUGUUGCCUAUUGUAUUUCUUUCUUGUAUUGUAUUAUCCACUCCUGCUAUAGCCCCAGCAGGGGCUGCAGUAUGUGUAAAUAAAUAAAUAAAUAAAUAAAUAAAUAAAUAAAUUUACCUACAAAUUAUACUUGGAGCCUGUAGUACGGCUUCAGAAGAGAGCUUUGCAGAUAAUCAACUACACUAGCUUUACUGCACCAUCACGAAGUCUUUUUUUUUUUUUUUUUUGCGAACAAAGUGAUGUCACUAUCGCACCUGCGACAUUACCGCGUUGCCUUAUUAGUGUGCUCGAUAGCGAGAUGCAACACGCCAUUUUCUGCCACUAUCUUCAACGAAUCGACAUUUAACAGUCGCAGCGUUUCUUGAGAAAUUUCGGGUCGCGAUAUGUUACAAGUACGGCCAGCGACGCAUACAUUAUAUAGGUGUCAAAAUAUGUAACUCGCUUCCUGCAAACAUUAAGCAGUCAAUUAAUUUUAAUACUAUGGUAAAGGAAUUCUUUCUUUCUGAUCUAAACUGAUUAGGCUUUAAUGAAGAUGAUAACGAUGUCAACAACUGAAUACAGCGUUGCUGUUAUGCUUUCUUGUUGUUUUUAUGUAUGUGUGCAUGGAUGUAUAGUACUGUGAGUGCAAAUGCCGGUAUACCUUUGUUGUUACUCGACAUAGCGUGCAUCAAAUGCCUCUAUAGCAUAUCAGUGUGCAUUCUUGCUGCGUUGAUUGAUUAAUAAUUACCUGUUACCGUUCUGCAAACAGCUAAAGCUGUAGAAUGUUUAAUCAAUUCUUUUAUGUGUAACAGUUUCAUGUAAUCUUAUCGCUAGCACGCACGUGUGCGGGGGCUGCCGUGGGAGGGAGGCCAUGGGUCUUGUCUCAGAUACGGGCUGCCUCACUGGCGGUCGGGGGCUACUGUCGUGGGCGACACUUAGCAGUUUGAACAGCAACUAAGCCGUCCCGCUUUUGGGUGCUGAUGGCAGUGUCGGCGGCGCGCGCCCCAGCCGGGAGGUGCCAUAGCUUUAUCGCUCCUGCGGCGGCCUGCACCGUAGUUAAUUGGUUUUUGUUUGGUUGCAGUUCCUUCUCUCUUUUUUGUUUGUUUGUAUGAUAAAAAAAAGUAUGAUUGUG